AAAGAAACAAACGGCAAACCGCAUCCAGCAUCAUCCGCAGCCUCCACCCCAUUUCCCCCAAAAUAUUUCCUUAUUUUGCACCGAAAAUUAAAUUCAAAUAGAGAACAUUUGCAAAUCGCUGUUUUUGAUCGUCGUCAAGAAAAGCCAGGGCGUGACCUGAGAUCACCGAGAAACUAAACACAAUCCCUUUGAUUUCCGAAAUAUGUGGAGAAGGUUACUCACUUCACAGUUCAAAUCUCUAGCAGCCCUUCCAUGCCGAUCCGCGUCUAAAACGGCGCUGGUUCCGUUCAAAUAUCACAUUUCUCCUUUCCCUUCCGCUUCUCUCCUCGUUCGCCAUUUCUCCGACGAGUCAGCGGAUACUGCUGUGAAGAAGAGAGUUGAGGAUGUAAUGCCUAUCGCUACUGGUCAUGAGCGCGAGGAGCUUGAGGCCGAGAUCCAGGGAAAGAAAAUCCUUGAAGAUGUGAACAAUCCUGUAGGUCCCUUUGGCACUAAGGAAGCUCCUGCUGUUGCCAAGUCCUACUAUGACAAGAGAAUAGUUGGAUGCCCAGGAGGUGAAGGCGAGGAUGAACAUGAUGUGGUCUGGUUUUGGCUGGAGAAAGGCAAGCCACAUGAGUGCCCAGUUUGCUCGCAGUAUUUUGUGCUUGAAGUUGUGGGACCUGGAGGACCUCCAGACGGACAUGGUGACGAUGAUAAUCAUUAAUUCCAGCUUUGAAUUUUUCCUGUUGGAAUAAAAUUGCAGAAGAUUUGUUCAGAAAUCAUUUUUGUGUUUCGUAUGGUUUUGAGAUGGUAUUCUCUGUUUUUCAUGGCACUUAUUAGACU